AUGAACGUCUCCACCUUUUCCGAAAACCCGCCGUUAAAAUGGUGGUUCAUAGUCUCCAUCCCCGUCCUCGUCGUCGUCCUCAUCCUCUGGUACGGCGUAAAACACAAUCUCGCGACGCAACGUCAGAACCCCAUGCGAAGAGGUGUCUACGAGGCACUGUACCAUGAACUUGCUACUGCGCAGCCCAGCCUAUGGACUCGCAGCGGACCGAGAGAUGAUGUUGUGCCUGUGGGGUGGUGGGCAGGCUUCAAAUGGCGACUCAUCACGCGUUGGUUUGGCGAGGAGAAAGUUAGGCCCGGGAGGAAUGUGGAUGGCAGUGGGAAUGCGACUGGGACUGGUGGGGAGGAUUUCGGUGUCGUCGGACGAUGCAGGAGGGCGUUGGCGAGACGCUGGUUGGGUGAAUUGGCUGUCAUGCCAAUCCCGCACCACCCAUCUCCUGGCUCCCAGAACGACAAACCUGUCCCAUCGUCUUCUUCUCAGCGCUCCAGCAGCAGAGGCUCGGUGCGCAGCGAAGUCGCGUCGUGUAUGCUUACUACCACCGCUCAGACUACGUCGCAAGAGAUAUCGGAUAAGAAACUUGGUGCUGUGGCGCAGUUGGCGAGGGUCGCUACGCCUGUUGCCCUUGCGGACGCGGAUCCGACGGCUGCGAGUAGGAUGCAGAGGGCAGGGAGGAGGGAGGGGGGUAGUUUGAGUCCGGAUGGCAGGGCGAGGAGGGUGAGCCAGACGAGUAGUGAUGGUGGGGUUAUGGUUGAGGAGAAGGGGGGGAGUGGGGAUGAGCGGGAGGGGCGGAGGAGUGGGGAGAGGGAUAGACGGAGGGUGAGGGGGUUGGAUGUGCCGAAUAGGAAUUAG